CAAAAUCAAAAUCUUAAUAGUUAAUGUUGUCAUAAGAAAUACGAGCAGCAACAUCCUAGUUUCUCCUCGGUAGCGUUGCAAAGAAGCGGUUUGUUUGAGUUCGAAGAUCGUGCGAUUUGAGCCCUGAAGCGACUGGGAUGUCAGCGAAGCGCGUUCACAAACAUCCAGGCAUCACCAAUGGGGAACAGACAUUACGAUCGACUCUCUCUCUCUCUCUCUCUCUCUCUCUCUCUCUCUCUCUCUCUCUCUCUCUCUCUCUGAUUCUUAUUUUAUUAAUUUACUACACUGCUUUAUUUUAAUAUAUUUACAUUGACAUACUUUUUUUGUUUUAUUCCUAUACGAUGAACGGCCCAAACUAUAUCCCGGGCAACAACCAUAAACUGUAUACAACUGUCAGUAAGUAAAAAGUAAAGUAAAAAUUAUGAGAUAAUGCAUUGAUUGUAAAGCAAAAGGAAUUAUUAUUAUUAUUAUUUCUACUUGUGGGUUUGCUUUUUGCGCCGUGGGAUUCAUAAAGUUUGUCCCCCCUCAUUCGCCGUACCUUCACAUGACUUUACUUGUGCUUGUGAUCUGCAUUCCUCAAGUGGCUCUCUCCCAUGGGUUUUUGCUUUUUCACUGUCAGACAGACUCAUGUUUAGGAAGAGGGCUGCAAAGAGCGUCUAAACAUCUUUGUAGUGCGGUCAAGCUGUAAAUUGUCAAACAUUUUGCAUCUUGGUUUUUCAUUCGACUGUCAGUUGUUUGGGAUUUAAAACAAAUGGAUACGAGAUAGUUUUCGCUUUCCCAGUCAGUCAUGGCAGAGCUUACACCAUCAGACUUCAGAAGAUGCAGUUUCUUUUUCCUAUAUGAUGGAUCAAAAGUGAGAGAAGAAGAGGAUCUCACAAGAAAAGGAAUUUGCUAUUUUUACCCUGAAGAGACUCCCAUUGACAAACAGGAGUUACUUUGUGGACAGUUGGCUGGAGCAGGACGCUGUGUGUCUGAACUGUCCUCUUCACCUGUCCGUGUGCUUAGGCUUCGCAAGAACAAGUUUGCAAUUCGCAUGAAGGAUGAUUUCUUUUGGGCUUUGGGCUGCUCUGUGGAUGUGCCCACUGUGAGUGUCUGUGAACUCCUCGAUCACCUAAUUAGCCUGUUUUGUUUCUACAAUGGUUCUGUUCGGCAAAGCUACCAGCUGCACAGACGAGAGAUUUUGGCUGCUCAAUGGGCACAGUAUCUCUCACACCAUCAACAAGGAUCCACUGAUCUUCACCACAUCUUCAGCUGCAUGAAAACCAUUGAUUCAACAAAUGUUGACCCUCUCUUACUUUUAAAAGCAGCUCUCAUUCUUCAAGCUUGCCAACGGUGUCCUCUUGUGUUGGCAGGCUGUAUUCUCUUCAAGGGCAGAGUUGUUAGCACUCAGAUGAUACCAACACUCACAAUGAAGGUCAUGGUUCAUGAAAGUGAAAAUUUUAUCAAGUCCCAAAGACUCAGUGGUACAAGUGGCUCUAGUUCAUUAGGUGAAUCUAUGAGCUCCGUCCCGGUGUUUCUGACCACAUCAGAGCUGCAUUAUCUUCAGUCUGCUCCGGUUGACAAGGAAAUCAAAGCCCACUCCACUCCAUACAAAGAUUCCCAACCAAGGAAGCCACGUUUGUCACGAACUUUAUCAGAUACCCUCUCAACUGACUCUGAACCAUCUGACCCAGGAUCCUCCCAGUCCCCUUUAAAAACACCCUGCAGCCCCAGUGAUAAUGCGUUUAGUCCUGGCAAUGGUGACCAGCUUCUAUCCUCAAACUCCCCUCUCCCAAAUGGCAAACUCAAGGAAAACGAAGACUCUUAUUACCACAGUUUUCAUUCCAAUGGUGAUAUUACUGAUAAUAGUAUGAACAGUUUGGGGCCGGAAACAAACUGCAUAAAUGGAGGAACAGGAGCACACUGCAGGACACUGUUGGAUUUCAGAGGAGGUGGUGCAGCACAAGACUCACGUGAUGUGGGGCUGAGGAGGAACAGUGGUCACAUGUUGCCCUCUAGUGGUAUGGGAGCACCUGACAGCCAGCAUGAUGACUCCCUGGUCCCCUUGAUGCUGUACCUUCACCGGGUCAAAGGGCUUGUAUUGGCCCUGCUGGUGGAGAAGCACUUCCUAAAUGACUCUGCAUCUAUGGAGGAAGUGUAUCACAGCAGCUUGGCUGCGCUCAAUGGACUCGAGGCUCAUUUGAGGAGCGUCACCCCGGGACCCCCAGGCCCUCAGGGACCCUACAUUUUUGCCCAUUCUGACUCCAUUCAGAGCACACUGACAUCCAAUUUGUCUGGUCGUCCUGGAGCAGCCCAUGAGCGUCCCUUUGUGAGGGCCACUUCACUCCUUCACUCGCAUUUCUGUAACACUGAAACUCUGCAGGAGGCUAUUAUCAGGAACGCGGGUGCUGCUGUGUAUGGAACCCGUAGUGUGGCACAUGAGACAUAUUUCCUUCAACAUGGUGGAUCAGUGAGAAACUCGGGCAUCCCAAACCACCAGGACAGUGCCUUCUCUCUGCCCACCAAGGCCCGCCACAGACUGCUCAAGCAUGGGGUCAACUUGCUCUAAUGGCACAAGGUUAUGCACUCUAAUGUGGACAGUAGCUCAUACCAUUUCAUGUGCAAAAUGAUUUACUGUAAAAGUAGUUCACACUUAGUUUAGCUUUACAGUCUGGUUAAAACAAAAUGUAAACAUUUAUUUUCCAAUCGAAGUUUGAAUAUGCACGUUUUUUAUUUAGUGUCUAAUGCAUUUAUACUUCUCAUAAGAACAUUAUUACAAGUGCAAAUAGGGUGUACAUUAAUAUGCAAAUCAAGAUGUCUUUGUGGUCAGUCUAUUCAAUGAAUGUAAUGUACAUACAACCAAGACUUGGAGUAGACAACGUCUAUAAGAUGGCAACCUUAGAAACAGCAUUUUUAAGACUUUAUGUACUCAUUAUUCUCAAGUAUUGUUUUAUUUAUUGCUUUAUUGCUUACAAAAUCCAAUAAGUUUUACUUUAGAGUCUAUAAGCUAGUGAAUUGUUUAUUUCUAAGUAUAUAGGAUGUGUUUUGGAUAUACUGUUGCAUUGAUACCUUAUAACGUACGGUAAUUAAAUGAGUUCAUUCUGGA